AAUUGUACAUUUGCAAAAAUAAACAAAUUUUAGGCCUACUUGUAGUUACACCCAGACAGACUACAUCGUCUAAUCCACAUUGUUUAAAUGUUCCAGUGCGUGAUAGCAGCACUGCUGCAUGAUGGAGAAUACGUUAGUGGCCAAGGGCCAAGAGACACCUACCACUACCAAUACAGACCCUGACUUUAUCGUCUAUCUAUUCGAUCCAAAAGAAGAAUACAACUGUUACUUUAUCGUCGGGAACCCUGACUUGGACAGAGUAGAGAGAAUAGGCGUAGUCAAGAAAAUGCUACUUGCCCAUAGUGUGGUCCUUAGAGCACAACUGAAGGACUCCAAGCUUGCUGAAAAAGAUGAUGUCAAAGUCAAAGAUAUUUUCCCACAAACCUUCAAGAACUUACUCAGAUAUGUUUACGGGUAUGACACCACCGCAACAUUAACCUUUGAUGAGGCAGAUGACUUGUUAUAUGCAGCAGAAAAAUGGCAGAUGCUCAAACUUAAAAAUAAGCUUUCACUUCGUUUGAUGUCCAUGCUAAAUGUUAGCAACAUUUGCAGUCUGAUGAACAACCCUGCGUGCUUCACUGUCUUGGAGCUGAACUCAGCUAUCAACGAGAUUCUGCAGUUUGAAACAGACCGUGUACUGGCCUCUCCUCAAUUCCUGGACCUCUCUUCUAGUGCAUUCUUGAGAAUACUGGAACAAGAAUUUUGCAAUGUGCCUGAGAUUGAGCUUUGGAGGGCAGCCAUCAACUGGGCUAAAAAACAAGGAAACUCGGAUAGCCAAACUUUGAGGGAUCAACUAAAUGAUCAUCUAAAACACAUCAGGGUGUGUACAAUGGACAAUGAUGCCAUCUUUCUGGAGGUAAUUCCCUCAGAAGUACUGACAUAUAAAGAAUUAGCACUAGUGAGCGAAUCUCGCAGAACUGGACAAGUACAGCCUGAACUUACUACUAUCUGCAAUGUGAUUAAGAAGCGAGGUUGUCCUAUGGUUAAAUCUGAAUUGAUUGUCGAAGAGUUUGUAAAAAAGGGCUAUCAACACACUUCGGGAUCUUCUGAAUUUACACUUACCACUAGAGAAGCCACAAUAGAAUUGUGUUCUGUCCGUUGUAGCUACAAUGAUCCAGAUUGCAACUACACCCUAUCAAUCAGGAGAGGCACAGAUACCAUAGCUACAUUCAAAGGAGAGUUAAGAGCCUGGGGACGCAUCCCAGUUGAUGUUGAUGGUGAAAAUGUGCAGUUGUCUCCAAACACCUCAUACAGGUUUAGGUUUGAGUGUUCAUGUAAUCACUUCCACCGUGUUAAUCUUGUUCAAACGAGGAUGUCAGGAAAUCACUUCUCAGUUGACUCUCAAACUCAACUUAUUCAUAUUGGAGAAAUUUCCUACAUAACAAUCACCAAGAGAGUUCGAUCGACUUGAGCAGUGCAGUAGACAGAAUCACCGCAGGUCACACGAAGUUAUUAAGACUUUAUAAACAUCCCAACUUGAUUAUCACUAAUUAAGCUCAUUACUUGGACAUUGAAAUUAUGGGUGUUCAGUAAUUUUUUUGUAUACAACUGUAGUGUUUGUUAUCAAGAGUAUGUUUUAUAUAAAACUAAUAACUAGACCUAA